GUGUAGAGUCCAUUGGGAUAAGCCUCCAUCUCCGAACCCACAAACCUUCUCAAUCUUUCCUUCAAUGGCUUCUUCGACUCUCGUCCCCAUUUCCUCUAUUUCUCUUCGUUCUUCUCCUUCCCACCGCCUCUCAAUUCCACUAUUCAAGCCUUUCCCCCUCCUCCACUCCACUGUAUUCCUACUCCCAAUCUCCUCCUCCUCCUCUUCCUCCAUUCUCUCUGCAACUCGGGCCAAAUCCUCUGACAUCGACACCACCUUCUUCGACAACGUCAAUCCCCAAGAAGACAUCGUUUACGACCCUCCCGAAGUCCCCGAAGGCUUCGUCCCUCCUCCCUCCUUCGAUGAGGGCCCUAUCGAAACCGAGGAAGAAAUUGCCGCUGGUUACGAGGAGAUCUAUGGCCCCGCUUACAGUGGAGUCAGUGUUCUCGGAAACGACAUUUAUGUAAUGGAUUCUAAGGUCAAGAAAGCGGGCGGGUUCGGCUCCAAGGCCAAGAAGGACAAGCCGCGAGAUGGGUUCGAUGAGCGGGUUGUCCAAGUUCGGAGGGUUACUAAAGUGGUUAAAGGUGGGAAACAGUUACAUUUUAGGGCAAUUGUUGUUGUGGGUGAUAAACAGGGCCAAGUGGGUGUUGGUGUUGGUAAAGCUAAGGAAGUCAUCACCGCUGUUCAGAAAUCGGCAGUUAAUGCUCGCCGGAACAUUGUCACCGUUCCCAUGACCAAGUAUCUAACAUUUCCCCACAGGUCGGAGGGAGAUUAUGGAGCAGCAAAAGUAAUGCUAAGACCUGCUUCUCCUGGUACUGGUGUGAUUGCUGGUGGAGCAGUGAGAAUCGUCCUCGAAAUGGCCGGUGUCGAGAAUGCUUUAGGGAAGCAACUUGGAAGUAAUAAUGCCCUCAACAAUGCUAGAGCAACAGUGGUCGCCGUGCAGAAGAUGAAACAGUUUAGGGACGUUGCACAAGAGCGUGGCAUCCCCAUGGAAGAGUUGUGGAAGUGAAGAGGGAAAUGUAAUGGUGUCUGCAGAGACAUUGAGCAAGCAGAGUCUUCACAACUUCAGAGAAAAGAGAAGCUUUUGUAGACAUCUUUAUUCUAUAGCUUUUCUGUAUUCUAAUAAGUUAAAACUCAAUUUUGUAUUUAAUACAUUUAGGAAAAUCCAUUGUUCAAAAUUGAAUCUAAACUCAAAAUCUAUAAACCAAUUGAUAUUUUCCUAACAUUAUUGAAGUGACCACUUGGAUUGGAUUGGAUUGGUAUGGGUAGGAAACAAUAUUAUUGUACAGCCUAUGGGCUUGAAUUUUUCAACUUCUUUUUGAAGUGUAAUAUUACUCUCCUGUCUCUCCACA